GCCAAGGAGCAAAAGGGUGGGAGAGGAGGGGUGGGAGGAGAGAUGCUCUGCCAGCCAGGCAGGCGGGAUCGCUCUGGCAGCAGCUCUGCCUGGCUUUCACUCUGCCUCCCAGGGGAAAAUCCUUCCUCUCACUCCAGGCUUUUGCCCUGCCACACCAGAGGCAGGACAAGGAGGCAGCAGAAGGGUCCCUGCGCUGCCAGCACCCAACACCAGCUCUCACCUGCAGCAGGCAAACCAUGAGGACGAGCUCUUUGCUCCUGCAGCGUCUUCAUCUUUGAUUGAAAACCUUCAUCCAUCUCCCCAAGGGACCAUGGAGGAGCAGUACAUUUCCAAACUCCACCCAGUAGUGGAUUAUGGAGCUGGGGUCUUUCUUCUAAUCAUAGCCAUCCUGACAAUCCUUGGGAAUUCAGCUGUCCUUGCCACGGCUGUGAAACGCUCGUCCCUGCUGAAGUCACCAGAGCUGCUGACAGUGAACCUGGCAGUGGCAGACAUUGGCAUGGCCCUCAGCAUGUACCCACUGGCCAUUGCAUCUGCCUGGAACCACGCCUGGCUGGGGGGAGAUGCCUCCUGUGUUUACUAUGCCCUGAUGGGUUUCCUCUUCGGGGUCUGCAGCAUGAUGACCCUGUGUGCCAUGGCUGUGAUUCGAUUCCUCAUCACCAACUCAUCCAAAUCCAACAGUAACAAAAUCACCAAGAACACUGUCUGCAUCCUGAUUGCUUUUAUCUGGCUCUACUCCUUGCUCUGGGCCAUCCUGCCCUUGGUAGGCUGGGGCUACUACGGCCCCGAGCCCUUUGGCAUCUCCUGUACAAUAGCCUGGAGCAAAUUCCACAACUCCUCCAAUGGUUUCUCCUUCAUCCUGAGCAUGUUUCUCCUGUGCACCGUGCUGCCUGCGCUGACCAUCGUUGCCUGUUACUUGGGGAUUGCCUGGAAGGUUCAUAAAGCAUACCAAGAGAUCCAGAAUGUUGACAGGAUCCCCAACGCAGCCAAACUGGAGAAGAAGCUGACCCUGAUGGCCGUGCUCAUCUCAGUGGGAUUCCUGAGCUCCUGGACUCCCUAUGCAGCCACCAGCUUCUGGUCCAUCUUUAACUCCAGCGACUCCCUGCAGCCCGUGGUGACGCUGCUGCCCUGCCUGUUUGCCAAGUCCUCCACGGCCUACAACCCUUUCAUUUACUACGUCUUCAGCAAGACUUUCCGCUGCGAGGUGAGGAAGCUGCAGUGCUGCUGUGCCUGGAGGGUUCACUACUUCAGCUCCGACAACUCCGCGGAGAAUCCCGUGUCCACCAUGUGGAGCGGGAGGGACAACGUCCGUCUGUCUGCGGCGCCGAAGGUGCAGAACCCGGGAGCUGCAACUCCCUGAAAUGCAGACGUGGGGUCAACCUGGCCUCACUCCCAGGCCCAAAGGAGCAGGGAUGCAGCAAAUGAGGUUGUCACGGCAUAUCUUAUGUCAAUACUGAGAUUUAAGUAUAUAUUUUUAAACAACUCCCAAAUAUUGUCUGUAAGCCUCACAGAAAAAAAAAAUUAAAAAUCUAUUUUUUCCCCCAAGAAAUUCCAUUUUAGGGGAAAUAGAUUUAUGUAGCAAACAUAAAAUCAUGUAAAUUAAACUUAUUUUCAGGUAAAAAGAGAAUUAUUAUUUUUGUUGAUUUUUUUCCUAUAUUUUGUGCCAACUGUUGGCCCUUCCAGUAAAACAGCCAUCAGAGAAAACCAUAGGUUGCACACAGUGUUACCAAAUAAACACAGCUGAGUGUGUAGUUUUACAGCAAUUCAGACUGAAAACCAUAUGGGGAGCAAGAAAUGUUCACUGCCAGGAAAAGGUGAGAAUGUGGCUGCUCCCAAAAUGAUACAGAGAUCUCUGGUUCCUUGCUCUCUCAGAGGUGCAGCUCCAGCUCCUCCAAGCACAAGUCCAAGGAGCUGAUCAGCCUUGGUCGGGUGGGGUUUGGUGGGAAGGUGGCAGUCAGUGAAGGAUGCCUUCUGUGUGUCCCAAAUGGCACAGUGGGAAGGGAAGGAAGCUCUCAGCAGGAGGAACUGUGUCCUUCAGCUGUUGCUGGCUGAGGUACAACAGCUCUUCUGCCAGAGAAGCUGUUGGAGCACUUAAGGAUUGGAAUUGUUAAGGCUGGAAAAGACCUUUUAACUCAUGUCCAACCACCAACCCAUCACCACCAUGUUCACCACUAAACCGUGUCCUCCAGUGCCACAUCCAAAUAUUUUGGGAACACUUCCAGGGAUGGUGAGCCCAUCAUUUCUCUGGGCAGCCUGUUCCAGUGCUUUACCACCCUUUCUCUGCAGCUGUUCUCUGUACAGGAUGACACAAGGCAUUCCCUAGGUGACCUUCCUAGCAGGGUCACCCUGCAGAUGCAGUCCUGGCUCUCAUGGCUUCCAUGGGAGCUCCUGAGAUCCCAAGUGCCCCCCUGGCUAGAGCACUGACAUGACUGCAACUGAGAACAGAGUUUGCUGAUUCAGUCAACCAUAGGACCAGGUUUGUUUAGUUGCUGUUUUAAGUUUCGAGAAGGUAAUUCAUGAUCACAUUAUAAUUCCAUGUUUAUUUCCUACCCAGCCCUGGACUGUGCUGUCUUUUCAGGAUGUAAGCACUGAGUUCAGGAGCAAGUCUGGGUACCUCAUGUUUGCAAUCACCAGUGCAACCACCUCAAUACAAACAGAAAUUUAAUCUCAAAACUCCAACAGAUCAGACCUCUCAUAUAUUAGGAGUUUUCCCACCACUCUUAGGAGGUUUACAAUGUAGACACUCAACCUGAGCCAGCCACCUUUGGCUUCUUUCUUUCCACUGAGGAUAAAUGGAGCUCCUUUCGAAUGAUGACAUAUGAAGUUAAAUAAUACUACUAAAACUCUGAUUUGUAUUAAAAUAAGUUCAAUUUCAAUGCCUUACUUUGAAAAAGCUUCUAGGCAGUCUCUGGCUAUUAGACAUAGGAAUAGCUUGCAGAUUUUUUAUAGAAAAUUUCUGUUAAUGGUCAAUUUUCCAUCUGUAAAAUUAAAUAUGACUCACUUCAGAACAAAGAUCAAUUAUUUGAGAGAGGUCAUUAUUACAUAAGUUAGAGCACAAGGAUAACACUGCAAAGGCUUGGAUUCCUCCACAUUAUUUUGCCAGUAAUACUUUGCAACUUAAACUUUGUCUUGGGUUCUUCUCUCAUCCACAUAACAGAUACAGUUUUGCUGCUCAUGCAUGUAAAACACAAGUUGUUUGAUGACCAACUUCAUAGAACCACAGAAACACAGAACCAUAGAGUGGUUUGGGUUGGAAGGGACCCGAAAGAUCAUCUUGUUCCAACCCCCUCCCACAAUCCCAUGUUGCACCAAGCCCCAUCCAACCUGGCCUUGAACACUUUCAGGGAUGGGACAGCCAUAAUGUAACUCUCUUUAUAAAACUAUAGGUAUAUAAACCAUCAUUUUUUAAUUUCAUGGCAUAAUAAGGUACAAAUGGUGUAGAUGGCAGUAGCCUGUAUAGGAGCAGCUGUGCUCUGUUCCCAUCACUGCCCUUCCCUGAUAAGCCA